GUUUGAAAAAUAAAGAUGAAGGUUACUGUGAAAGCAGAGGUCCAUGCGGAUGAGAAUGGCAACUCAAGUAGGAUAAGAAAAAGAAACCUUACAGAAAUCAAUGAUGAUGAAGAUUCAGACGAUCGUUCUUGCAGUCCAUCAGAAAUAAGUAUUAAUUUAUCAGACGUUGAAUGCAAUUGCUUCGACUGGGAAAAUCCUGUUUUAAUACACGUUUCAUCAAAGAAUUUAGAGGAAUUACCUUCAAAUUGUGAAAUUUCGAAAAAAUUCUGUUUUAAUUGUUUGCAUAGCACUGAAUCGUGUGAUUCGUACACAAAACCUACAUCAUAUGGUAGCAUAAUGACUGUUACCAAAGCGUCCAAGAAGAAAUAUCCUGCCAUACAGCAAUUAUGGAGAAGAGUGAUUAGCAUUAUAGAAGAUUUAAGAAGACCGAACUGAAUAAUAGUGACAUCACCGAAGA